AUGGUUCCCUUCAGGGUGAUCAUUGUCGGCGGCAGCGUCGCUGGCCUAGCACUGGCAAACAUGCUGGAGCAAUACGGCAUCGAUUUCGUGGUGUUGGAGAAACACGAAAGCAUCGCACCUCAUCUCGGUGCAGGAUUUGCCAUGCUCCCCCAUGGGGCACGAAUCCUCGACCAGCUAGGUUGCUACAACGCGCUCGAGAAGUUAAGCACCCCUAUCGAUACCAUGGUGGGCUACGACGAGAAUGCAGAGAAAUGUACCAAAAUUUCCAAUAUUGGGGUGAUUUUGGAACAAAGCCUGGGAUACAAAAUGGGCUUCUUGGAGCGACAGCAAGUUGUGCAGGGUCUUUUUGAUAAUCUACGCGACAAAUCGAAAAUUCACAACUCUUGUUGUGUUUCGAGAAUCCACCUGACCGAUGACCAGGUAAUGGUCGAGACGAAUAGUGGGGGUUUUGAAGGCGAUCUUGUCGUCGGCGCAGAUGGUGUCCAUAGCUAUGUUCGACACUUUGAGUGCUGCUAUAAUGCUAUGUUCGGAACGUCAGUUGCACCCGAAGGCCUGAUUGAGAAUCAGGCAUUCAAGGGAUUCAAGUCCGAUCGGAGCUUUUUGUGCAGUCCGGGAAAAGGCAGACUGCUCUACUGGAUUGCUAUGUUCAAGAACGGAGAGAAGACUUCAGGAGACGGAAUUCCUCGUUAUACAAGAGACGAUUGUGACCGGCUGGCUACUAACUUUGCGGAUGACAUUAUCAAGCCAGGGGUCCGCCUCGGUGAUAUGUACCGGAACGCAAGAAAGGCUACCCUGGUACCUCUGGAGCAAGGUGUGCUGUCAACAUGCUUUUACAAACGCAUCGUUCUUGUUGGGGACUCGUGGCACAAGAUCAACCCUAUUACCGGACAAGGUGGCAACACGGCAAUUGCUGGUGCCGCAUAUCUGACGGAUGGGCUCAUGGAUCUCCUUGACCGCGAGGAAACGCCCACACAAGCAAGCAUUGAAAAGCUCUUCAGCGACUACCAGCAAAAUCGAGGGUCGAUCAGCAAGACAUUAUCCGAAAACGCCCAUAUCAUGCAGCGAAUGGAAGCCCUUGAAACACCUUUCCUCAAGUUUUUCCAAUUGAAUGUGAUGAGAUUCUUGCCUCUCAAAUUUAUCAGGAAAAGGUUGUUGACAUCCUUCAAUUCUGGUUUACUUCUCAAACGCCUGCCUCCUCCUUCGCGAAGUGGGACUGUUCAGAUUGGCCCCCAUACCCAGAAAGCUCACCCAGGUCCUCUGAGUUUCUUGGUCAAGCUUUGGGUAUUAUUUCUGAUUCCGAUGACUGUUGUAUAUUAUUCCCUCGCGUGA